GAUGGUCCUUCUGCUGGAGUUGCGGUACUUUUGGCCUUGGCCUCCCUUGUCCUGAAUAGGCCGGUCCGCAGUGAUACGGCCGUGACCGGUGAGGUCACUCUUCGAGGUCACGUCCUGCCGGUCGGAGGCAUCCGGGACAAGGUCCUGGCUGCCAUCCGAGGGGGCGUGAAGCAUGUGCUUCUCCCGGUUGCGAACAAGCGCCACGUGAAGGAGGACAUUCCUGCGAAGUCAUUGGAAGGAGUGCAGAUUCACUACUUGAAGACCGUCGACGAAGCUCUCGACUGGGUCUUCGGCAGCGCGGAAGCACCGGUGAACUUGGACCUGACGACCAGCUCCAGGAGCUCUCCGACAACGCCAAUGAUGAGCAUGAGGUCCAGGCUCUAG